ACGACUGGUAGGGUUAGGGGUAGCGCGCAGAGUGGCGCGGCACGUGGUACACACGUAGUCCAUAGUGUCCAUACAUACGACAUACGCGCGUACGCGCUCAUUUGGCUCGUUUUCUACCACCGCUGUUUUCUCUAGUUCACUGCAGUUCACUCUAGUUACAGAGAGCCGUUAAAUUACGCGAUAUAAAUUUCGUAAAAAUCUCUAUCUACAUGUUACGAGAAUGGCAAAGCUCAGUUCGUACUACACGCUGUGUCCACUCAUCGACCAGCAGAGUUUACUCGGUGUCGAGAGGGAUAAGGAGCCAGGCUGCGCGGUAGUAACUCUCGGCAGGAACAUAGUCAUACGAUAUAAGCUGCAAGACUUGAAGCAGAUCAGCAGUUGGUCCAGCAAAAAAAGAUUGACGACGCAAGUUAUUUACGAUAGGUCCAAGCAGCGUUACGUCGCUGUGUUUAACGAGAGAAAGAUACGAGUUUGGUCGGAAGAGGAGACAGACUUGAACAAUGUUAAGGGAUACAAGUUUCCGUCCCCACUUUACUCCAUUCUGCCCUAUGACGAUUUAUCUCCUAUUCUCGUUCAGCGAAACGGAGCUACAGCCUCCUUAGAGUGGGCCAUCGACAACAGGAAGAAGUGGACGAGCAAGGGUAUAAUUAAGGUUAAGGAGAUAUUAUUGGAUUGUCAGUUGAUACAUUUGAAUGGAAAGAUGAGUUUGUUUUGCUUGACGAGAGUAGAAGAGGUCUACAAUUACGUAGUAGUUAGAUUGGAGGAUGUGACUUGUUUGGAGAAAGUGGACACUGUUAGGAGGAUAGAAUUGAAACGAAAGUCUGAACAUCUUACGGGACACGUGGUGAUACGCUACAAGAACGAUGCGUAUCUACUGACUUUAUGGUCACACGGCAGAUUGUACAGUCACUCGUUGAUAGGGACGUCUUCCGAUAUGGAAUCAAACAGGUUGGUCAGCGUAAUUACAAAUAUUAAUACGAGGUGUCCCGUUGUCAUGACGCAUCUAACCGAGACGACCAUAGCGAUUUAUGGUGCUGAUGUCGCGGACGAAGGAGCGGUACUCGUGAUAUACAAUGUACAAUUCAAAUCGGCACAAGCGGUGCAAAAGCUGAAGCUUUACACCAACGACGCCAAGCUCUGGAAGGUGGAGGACAAAUUAUUGCUCGCAGCAAACAGACAUUUAGCCGUCGCGCCCUAUCAUCUCGCGCCACAAAGAAUAGCCGCUAUGCUGGGCUCGUCUUUACGCUUUAGAAACGACAACGAUGGUAACGAUGACGCGGACGAUAUCGUCGUGAUACAGGAAGCGACAGUGGCACAAUGGGACAAGAACCGAACGUGUACGAGAAACGCAUCGAUAGGUCGAAUACCUUUGAAUAUCUCGAAAAAGAUUAGCACUUUUUUGAACGAGGGAUGGAGCGAUGCCGCGAUACAAGAGACGUUAAUCCCUUUACUAAUGGAAUCUGGUGAUAUUGCGUCGAUCUGUUGGUGCCUCGAUACGUUUCAAGAUUUGCCAGAAAAGUUAUUGGUGGACCUUUUAGCGUUUACCUUGAAAAGUUCAGACAAAAUAUUUGUUCCUCUGCAAAACGGUACGACCGAAAAUACGUUGAAAGCCACGAAUCCCUACUCGAGAGACAAUUUUCUCGAUAAAGUCUUCAACAUCGGUUAUUCCAGCGUUUCCUUGCUACCCCAUCUGAAAACCGGUUUGACUUUUGAUCAAGUACUUCAACUAUUGGAAUACCUAAUGUGUAAAUUCAACGAGGAAACAGAUUCCUCGCUCGACGAUAAUUCACAGCCAAGCGACCAACAGUUGUACGAAUGGUUCUGCGUGCUUCUCGACUCUCACUAUCAACAUUAUUUGUUGUCGCAAGACGCGCACGUUUUAGAGCUUUUCAAUCGAUUGGAUUCUAUCCUAGAGGAACACUUUCAGUUUCUGCAAAACCUCGCGAAUUUGAGGCCUAUGAUAGAUAGGACCAGCAAUGGAAAAUUAUUGCGAUCUUCUUCAAGAAAGCAUAAUAAAUUCUACUCUAUAGAAGAAAUAAAACUUUAUUAAAUUUUAAACGAGAUACGCAUAUCUUUCUUCAUUUAGCGUUGUGAAAUAAGGCGACGUAACGAUAAACGAAAACAAUAUAAAUAUUUAAUACGAUUUUUCGAUACCGUUAUCUUUAACGUCUCUUUUGUUUCAAUCUUCUUGUCGCUAAACUAAAGGGGAGAAAAAAACUAAAAAAAUUUGAGGCCAUUAUUCAACUGUACAAUACUACAGCGAUAUUCUAUAUACUUUAUUAAUACCGCAAGUAUUCCCUACACUCUGAUAAACGUGUACAUCUCUGAGCUAGACAAAAUAUUUAGAAUACAAAGGCUCAGAGCGGUAAGAACAUUUGGACUUUCAUUAUUGUAUCUAUUUCAACUCGUCAACAUAUGGAACGGUGGAUAAAUUGCCGAUUGCAGCCAUGGACAAUUUUCCGCCAGCAAGUUUUCCAGCAACCUGAAAGUCGUAAAGAAAUAAUCGUUUUUUUUUUAUUUUUAUAAUGAAUUUGACAUUUGACACGUAUAGUCACUUUUGCAUGCGUAAAAGUUAAAUAUUUUGUAGUAUUGAAAGAGUAACAACUGACAAAAGAGAAAGCAAAGGAAAAUAAGCGAUGUCAUUGGAAAAAUGAAAUCUACCGAUUUGACUUCAGAUGCAGUUAUUUUGUCUACUUCUGCAGCAAGAUCAGACGGUUUGUACACGUGUCCUUUGAAAAUUGCUUGCUGUCCCAUAUUUUCUAAGAAUGCGGCGUCAUUAUCCGCGGCAUACAAUAUCUCCGCCUUCAGGGUAGUUUUGCCGCGUGCGAUAUCAGCAUCGGAAAGCUUGGGUGAUCUCAGAUACGCAGCAGCAGCUUUUGUUACCUAUAAAUGUAUAAAUUUAUAGCGUACGUAUGUAAUGUGUCUCGAUAAAAAAUUUUUACCGCA